GACACGAGCGGCAGUGGCCCGGGCCCCGCGGUAGCCGCCAGAGCGGCACAGCCGGGCAGACGCUCACGGUCGGAGCCCACGGCCAUCCCGCUGCCUCCGGGGCGCUGCGGGCGACUCUGCGCGCCCCGGCGCGGCGCUGGACUCGGGGCCAGCCGCGCUGCGGCCGCGCACAAAGGACCGUGGACACUGGGAAUCCGAGGGCUGCGUCCAGGGACCGGCCCAGGGACGGCUAGCGGCGCCGCGCCUCCUCCACACCUCCCUAGGCGGCCAGAGCCAGAGCCCGAGCGGGCCCCGUCAUAUGACAGCGGCGACACAGCAGCCUGCGAGCCCCCGUGCCGCCCGCUCCGCUGCACCAAGGCCGCCGGCGCCUGGGGUGACCCGCGCCGCACCCCACUGAGUGGUCGCCGGUAGCCGCCGCCCCGCGACCCCCGCGUCCCGGCUCGCGGGCUCCGGGGGCAGGAGUCCAGGGAAGCCCCCAGCCGGCGCCGAGCCUAAAAUGGCCACGCUGCUCCGUAAAAUCGGGCUCAUCCGCCUGCACAACCGGGACACGGAGGACCCCAAGCACCACCACAACCACCGCGGCGGCGGCGGCGGCCAGCAGAGCGCGUCGCUGCGCGGCAAAGGCGGCGCCAAGAGCGGCGGCCACAAGCAGCAGCAGCAGCAGCAGCAGCAGCAGCAGCACCCCGGGGGCGCGGGCGACUCGAGCCCGGGGCCCGGCAAGGGCAAGGGCAAGCGCGCAGCGGAGCUGGCCCCGCGCGACAAGCCGCCGCAGCCGGCAGCGGGGGCGGCGGGGGCAGCGGGCGCCGGGGGCCCCCGGGAGCGGGCAGCGGGCGCCAGGGCGGGGCCGGGCCCCGCGGUAGCGGCGGCGGCGGCGGCGGGCGGCAGCCUGGUGCCCGCCGGUCGCCAGCAGCACUGCACGCAGGUGCGCAGCCGGCGGCUCAUGAAGGAGCUGCAGGACAUCGCGCGCCUCAGCGACCGCUUCAUCUCCGUGGAGCUGGUGGACGAGAGCCUCUUCGACUGGAACGUGAAGCUGCACCAGGUGGACAAGGACUCGGUGCUGUGGCAGGACAUGAAGGAGACCAACACUGAGUUCAUCCUGCUCAACCUCACCUUCCCCGACAACUUCCCCUUCUCGCCACCCUUCAUGCGGGUGCUCAGCCCGCGCCUGGAGAACGGCUACGUGCUGGACGGCGGCGCCAUCUGCAUGGAGCUGCUCACGCCGCGCGGCUGGUCCAGCGCCUACACAGUGGAGGCCGUCAUGCGCCAGUUCGCCGCCAGCCUGGUCAAGGGCCAGGGACGGAUCUGCAGGAAAGCCGGCAAGUCAAAAAAGUCCUUCAGUCGCAAGGAGGCCGAAGCCACCUUUAAGAGCUUGGUGAAGACUCACGAAAAAUACGGCUGGGUCACCCCGCCCGUGUCUGACGGCUGACCGCCCGCCCGUGUCCACACGCACCGACUCCCUGACCUCUCCUCCCCACACUGCACACCCUCCAUCCUUUUCUACUCCAGCCAGAACUGCACCCUGAAUGCCAAGGAGGCUUGAAGUCAUUUAUGAACAAGUGCAUUCACAGAGAGAAGGGAGCGGAUGCCACUCGGGUUAGGUUUCCAUGAUAAAUGAAUGAUCAUCUCUAAGCGCUUUAGAACACAUGUCGAGAUGGUGACGUUCCCCAGCCUGCCCAUCCCCGCCCUCCCGGCACCUGGCCCUUAGCUUCUUCCCAUGACAGCAGUUCCAGCGAGCAGGCGGGAGCCUCGGUGCUCGCCAGCUCCAGCCCCAUGUAAACGGCGCAUUCCUGUUUCCUAGGAGCACCUCGCACUGCGGCCGGCCGGCCCCUGUUUGCUGUGCCCUGUGUCUGUGUCUCUCUUCCUGGCAGGUCAACACAACCUGAAGACGUGUCUUUCUUUCUGUGGCCUCUGGUCUGCUGUGACAUCAUUUAGACCUCAUCCAUGCUCUGACCUUCGGCUCAUGAAAACAAUUUAACAUUGCCGGGUUCUAGUGAUUAAGACCGCCCACUUGGUUACCUUGUGCUCUCUAUGCUGAUUGUGUGGUGUGCUGCUGUUCCAGAUAAACCAGUGCCAUUCCAUGAGAGACAGGGACGCUGCAAACGCAUGCCAGGUGCACCCCCUGGGGCUCAGAGCAGUGACAGAGACAGCGGUGUUGGUAGAGACGAGGAGACACUCCCACCGGCGGCAGCAGCGUGUUCGUGCUCCUGCCACCAGAGCAAGGACAGUCUCCCACUCAUGCAAUCAUCUGACUCGUUGGACUGCGUGCUAGUGACGGGGAGACGGAGCUGCCAAAGGAGACCACGGGAUCGCACCUGACUUGCAUGGCCGGGUCUGUUUCCUCCCCAAGUAGUCACACUGUGUGUCCCUCACGGUUGAGAUGCGGGCACCUCGUGUGGUGUAAACCUCCUGUUAUUUAAUCUCCCGCCGUUCCAUUUUUCUCUUCUGUUAAGUUACUUAGAACUUUCUAAGAAACUCCAUGAAAUGAGGAAAUAACUGUUUAUAAUAACUUGCGGAAAGAGGUAAAAAUGUUCAUUCCAAGUGGAAAAUCUGAUUGGACACAUUUUAAAUAAAAUCAUGCAUACCUGACACACUGACUCAAGAAUCCAAUCAUUGUGAGCUAGGCUUCCAUUUAAAAUAUUUCAUCUGCUUUAUAAAAUGUUAAUAUUCCAAAGACUGCAAACACCAAAACUUGUACUUCAGGAGCAACAGCUCACAGCCAGGAAAUGCAGUCUUAGGAACCCACAGUCUUUGCAAAAAUCUAACAGGUGGAAACAGUCCCAUGGGGCAGCCAGGGAGAUGAGGAGAAUCUAAACUGAAAGCACCAGGGACAUCUGGGUCAAACCCAAACCUCCCGCGGUGAAGGAAGAGGCCACUUCUGGACGGUUGCGAACAACUCUUCAGGCAGUUUCGACUCUCCGGUUGCUGUUCUCUUUGUUCCAGGGUUUUGGAGACCAGAGAGGCUUCGCCUCAAACAACAAGGUCUGCUCCUCGCAGAGUGACUGGGGAUCAACCAAAUCUAUCCUUUAUUGUUGUUCUUAUUUCCUUACCCUUCCUUAUUUGCCCCAAAUACACAAAUGCAGCUGCCAGGCUCCAAUGACCCACUUGAGAAGGCCUGACCUCGAGCUCAGGUUCCCUGAGAGCGGCCGUGGUCAGGAAACUCGAUGACAGUGCCUUGCAGCCUGACCUCUCUGAUCCCCAACGUGGAAUUCUCCAAGCUGGAACCAGUGAGGGGCUGAUGGUCUUUGGCCCUGGGACUGUUGGUUGGGAUGGAAUUACUCCAUGGGCAUUGAAGACCUAGGGCAGAGACCUCUUCUCAGCUCAGGAAAGCACUUGAGUUUAGCAAUUUCCAGGUGAAAUUGAAAGCAACUUCCUUUUUUGUUUUUGAAAAAAAUAUUUAUCCAAGGCUGCAUCAAUUUAUUUUUUAAUCAGCUGAUUGGAAAAUGUGUUCACCAUUGUGUCCAGGUAAGCAGGACAGAAAAGUGCUGCCAGGGGACAUGCCACCACCUCCGUGGGCUCCAUUACUGCCCACAGCGAGGCAGGGAGACGUGCAGCUCAAUCUCAGCCGUUCAGUGCACCUGGAAUUUGGGUUAUUUUGCUCAGCCUUUCCAUUAUGUUUGCUGGAAACCUACAGAAGAAAUCAAUUCUUCAGUGAAAGAAAAGCAAUUUUUCAUUUAAAUAGAAAGAAUUCCAAAAUUUCAAAGCAGUGACAACGUAAAACAUGCCUAUUGCUGUGAGUCCCUAUCUGGCAUCCUGCAUCAUGGCAGGACACUAGGGGACCCUGUGUCCACCGCACUCUGGUCCUAUCAUAUCUUGGCCAGGAGCCUCACUCUUCCCCUCUGCAGGAGAUGCCCCCUGUGGACCCAGUGGGAGAGGAGACUUAUGCUCUGUGUCCUGGGGUUAUGUUCCCACAACGCCAAAAAAAUGGAUCCCUCUUCAGACAGACGGCAAGGUGAUCACUGGAAGGAGAUGUUCGCAUCUCACAUUCUCCAUUAAUCAGCUGGAACGCAAAUCAAGCCAGAGGCUGCAGAUCCAAAGGAAGAGAAAAAUACCAACUCCGAUGCUUCCCCAGCUCCCAAACCCCUGCCCCUCCCACAGCUUUCCCCGCGGGCCAGGCCAUGACAGUGACCGCCUGGUUCCUGGGCAUGUUCUCCAAGGCCUUCCAAGGCCGAGGGGAGGCUCUGAGGAACUUAUCAGCGGGCCUGUUACCCACCCCUUACAUGACCCAGUGCUGCAUGAGGGGACACAGUCUCCCUCAUCCAUUACUCACAUACACCAGGCUUCAGGCCUCCGUUUCAGCUCCCAAGUUCAUCCCAUCUAUCAAAAUUCAACUUUAUUUUUUGAGAGAUAAACCUACAGACCAGGGGAAAACACCUGGGAUUGAGAGGCUGAAGCCCAAGUCUGCCCCAGGUUCUGGCGGGUCACAUCACCCACCUGCACCUGGCUUUCUCUGCUAUAAACUCCACUAGACCCACUCAAAUGACGGGGGCAAAGUGCUCGUGAAACCAAAGACUGCUGUAUGAAUUUAACACCCGAGUUUCGCGGUACCAGGAAAUUUAUAUCACAAUAACAGGCUUUAAUUAGAACACACUUGGAGACCUGCUCAGAGUGAAUAAUUAUAGAGGUUAAAAUGCAAUUAUCAUGUAAUUACAUUCUUGCUUUUCAUCCCCAGACCUCUACAUUCUCACUCAGCCACUGGCUCCCCACCCAGUCCGCUUCCCUCCUAGAGAUGGGCAAUCAGAGGAGUUAAGGCACGUCUCAAGACACACAGGAAACGGCAGCCAGGGAGACACGUGCACAGCUGCCCUGCAGAAACCACAGGCCCGAGACUUCCUGACUCCUCAGCAGGAAGAUGUGGUGGAGGAGUCAGGGGUGAGCCACAGCUGGGCAAAGGGAAGGAGAGGGCGGCUGCAGAAAUGGGACAGGCUGGGGUUUCCCUAGAGCCCUGAAGGGCGGAGAUGGCGGUCACUGGCUCCCUGUGCAGGGACUGCAUGUCGUCGUUUUAUCAAGACCCCUGAACAGCAGGUUUGAAUGGAACUUUCUUUCUGGGGAAAGAAGACCGUGUCUUGACCACAGGGAAGGUAGAGCCACUGCAUCUGGGAGGCCACUUGGCCAAACUUCAUGCACUCUAUAGUGAAGGGGCGAGUGGCGAGGUCACCAUCUUGCUGUGGCUGAUCCUUCAUGAUGCACCUCCUGAGGUCAUUAGGCUGUUCCUGUGGCCCACACUCAAGCACACACCUUCCUCCCACCUUCGGGUCAGCACAGCCACAGGCAUUCCAGACUGUCUGGGGAACACUGAGGUGAUCCAUUCUGUACCGAAAGCCAGUAGGUGCACAGGCAGGGACCUGACUGCAACGGCCCUGGGAACUGCAGGGGGGCACUCUGAGCUCAGCCUGCAUGACCCCCGCCAAGUUGAAGACAUUAAAAUGGCCCAUGGCUCUGCUUCUCAGUUGUAGGCCUUAUUUUUCCAGUUUUUGCAGCCUCCAGUUCACACGUGUUGAGCGUCUCUCAUCCCCAGGGCCCAUCUGGCCCGGAGAACAUGGCCAGUGAACUGGAAAGGACAAACAACAGUGAGUGUUGACAUUCGGCAAGGCAAUACGUGAUCUUAGCUUGGUUCCAGAAGAAACGGGAGCAAACUGUGCUGGCCGAAUAAUCAUCAUCAAAACAGAGCACUUGAAGAGCGCGUAGGUGCAAAUAGAAGCAGGAUUCUCUCUCGAGGUUGUAGCGGAGCUAGACAAGCAGCAGUGGCUGGAAGGGUCUGGGGCAAGGCCAUCCUCCUGGGCCCGGGGGCCGUACGGAGCGCGGUGUGGUUUCCCGCUGCCGACUCACCCUGUUUCUCUCGCAGAGUUGAACUAUGCCACUUGUCGACACACAGGCAUUCUGUACCUCUAGAUCUUGGGCCAUCACUGGUCAUGACAUUAAUGGAGCUGAGAUAGAAACUGCCAUACGCCGAUGGGCUGGGUCUCAUUCUCGCUUGCCUUCUCCGCGAAUGUGAUUCUAUGUCAUGAAUGUUGUUGACACUUUGACAAUGGUAGGAUGCUAACUGAAUAUCAUGUCCACUUUCAGGCCAUCGGCGCAAUUCACAGUGAGACUGCCGAGUGUCCUCUUUCUAGAGGUAUCCUAUCCUGUAAUCCUCAGAAGGAGGGAAAUCAAAAUGCAUGUGCCAUAAAAUAAGAAGGAAAUGUUUAGCAUCGAUCUUAGUUUGGUUCCAGAAGAAUGGUGAGUGCAUGAGUCAAACCAUCUAGAGGCACUGCCCCAAUUGGAAAAACGAUUUGGAAAGCAAGCCUUGAAACCCAAUAAAUGUCUUUCUGUGGAA